AUGGUACCAUUUGAAGCCUUGUAUGGAAGAAGGUGCAGAACUCCAUUAUGUUGGUAUGAGACUGGAGAAAAUCUAAUUUUGGGACCGGAAGUGGUGCAGCAAACCACUGAGAAGGUUAAAAUGAUUCAAGAGAAGAUGAGGACAGCACAAAGCAGGCAGAAAAGCUAUUAUGACCGAAGAAGAAAGCCAUUAGAAUUUCAGACAGGUGAUCAUGUAUUUUUGAGGGUUAUACCCAUAACUGGAGUUGGAAGGGUGAUGAAGUCCCGAAAACUUACACCCAAAUUCAUUGGACCUUACCAAAUUUUGAAAAAGAUUGGCCUUGUAGCCUAUCAAAUUGCCUUACCUCCAUUUCUUUCUAAUCUUCAUAACGUGUUUCAUGUAUCCCAACUUCGAAAAUAUGUUCCUAACCCAUCUCAUAUUAUCGAGCCUGACAUAAUACAACUCAAAGACAAUCUUACUUAUGAAACAUCGCCUGUACGUAUUGUGGAUCAACAAGUUAAACAAUUACGAGGAAAAGACAUUGUGCUCGUAAAAGUAGUAUGGAGUAAAACUGGUGAUGAAGAUGCUACAUGGGAGCUAGAGAGAAAAAUGAGGGACUAUUACCCCUACCUUUUUCCAUAA